CGAUCGACGGCCCAAAACCGCCCAGCACUCCGUUCCCCCUUUCGUUCUCGCAUCUGGGAUCGAGUAGACAAUAAUCGUCUCGCCGUCGUCGACUCCCAAUUACCACCUCGCCCCAAAUCGUCUUCGGUUCAGAUCGGCGUCCCAGAUCGUCGGAGCAUCAGGUUCGCGGCGAGCCGACGGCGGCGAAGAUUAUGGAGACGCCGCCGCCGUUCCAGGAGUCGGCCCACUGCGACGUCUGCCGAUGCACCUUCUCCACUUUCCGCCGCCGCCACCACUGCCGCAGCUGCGGGAGGACGCUCUGCCACGAGCACUCUUCGUACCACAUGGCCCUGCCGCAGUACGGGAUAUACACGGACGCCAGGGUCUGCUAUGAGUGCUUCAACAAAUCAUCAUCCAGACGCGGGGGUGUUGAUAAUGCGAGUUCUGCCGGGAGCGUUUCGGGUGCUGCGGACUCCUUUUCAGGGCUAAAUUUGGAUAAAGAUGAUGAUUCGUUACCCACGAAAAGUUCGGCAGUUCAGAGUCCAGCUGCCGUUAUCGAGUGCAAAUGCGGGAUGCCUUUGUGCAUAUGCGAGGCACCAAAACCAGAACCUGCGCCUGUAAAGCAGACUAUCAGUGCCGCUUCGUCAGCUGCGCAAUCAAACCCAAAGCCUAAAAAACCUUCUAGCAGCCAGCAGUCAUCUGAAUCAAGCUCGAAGAAGGCUUCGGCUACUUCCAGCAGCAACUCAAGCUCAUUCUUAAAUCUUGGCCUGAUGAGCAACGAUAGCAAUGAUAAGACUCCGUCUGACUAUGAAGUUACUGGAGAGGGACUGAGAGAAGCGAUUAAGGGUGGGGAUAUUAAAGCUGUGAAGAAACUUCUUAGCCAGGGAGUAGAUUCUAACUACUGCGACAAGCAAGGAUUUACUUUGCUACAUUUGGCUGCGCUAUUUAACCAGACUGAGAUUGCUCUUAUUCUCAUGGAUAGCGGAGCAAAUAUUCAACGCAAAAAUGGGCAAGGGGAAACUCCUUUGGAUUGUGCCCCACCCAUGCUGCAGUACAAAAUGCGGCAGAGGGUGGAAGAGCUUGCUGCGUCACAGAGACCUGUAUGAGGGAGAUGGUCUCUGUCUGGGCCUUUCUGCUGGCUCCCCCUAUUUAGACGUGCCGAAGACGGUUAUCCGCUCCUGAGUGAUUGCAAAUAAACCGCUUGAGGGGGUUCGGUGAUUCAUUUCGGUAAUCACAACAUCAUCAUGUAUUCCCCGCAAAAAAAAAUAAAAAAUCAUGUAUUAAUGCUGGAAUCUCACAGGGGGUGGUCUUUUGGUCCUGAAUAAGUUAUUCUGCCCAAUCUUGACAAUUUCUUCUUGUAUUUAUGUUUCGACGUCAUGACUUCUUCCCCAGAUCCAUUGUAUACUACUAAUACUACUCCCUAGUGCCCAUGUUGAAAAGUAAAUGACGUUUCUGGCAUUAUUGAUAUGUUGCCAAACACAAA